AUGUCGACUUUCCUGCUCCCAUUGGAGAUAUGCGAAAAUUUAGCCAGUGUCAUCGCUCAGUACUGGUGGAGCUCGAAUCCACCAAAAAGAGAAAUACACUGGGCAAAAUGGGAAAAAGUUUGUCUACCAAGAGAGGAGGGUGGAAUUGGCUUCCGAAUUAUCCAUGAGUUUAAUUUGACUCUUUUGGCUAAACAACUAUGGAGACUAGUACAGUUCCCUGAUUCUCUGGUCGCUCGAGUCUUACGGGAAAGAUAUUAUAGAUUGAGCUCUCCAUUAAGAGUAAACGCUGGUAGCAGCCCAUCCUAUGUGUGGACUAGCAUUUCUGCUGCAAGGAAAUUGCUAUUACUGGGAAUUAGACAGAAGAUACAUUCAGGUUAUGAAAUUAAGGUAUGGGAGGAUCCAUGGAUUCCAUCGAACCCCGCAAGGCCAGCUGUCCCCAUAGCACCAGUGAUGCAUCCUAAUAUGAGAGUAAGCGAUCUUAUUGAUCAGGGAUCAAAGGAUUGGGAUGUGGGACUAUUGGAGAACUAUGUUCAUCCUAAGGAUAUACCAUUCAUAAGGAGUUUGGCCAUAAGCUCAACUCAUCGUCGUGAUACUUUCUGCUGGAACUUUACAAGGAAUGACCAAUACACGGUCAAAUCUGGAUAUGGGUGGCCCAAAAUUUAUUAA